AUGUUUUACCAGGUCAACCUCGCAGUCCUAGCCACUGGUAGCGCCUACCUGCUCUAUAAGCAAUGGAAGGUCCAGCCCCGUGAGCCAGCACCAGUCCCCCUAUUACAGCACCGGGAUGUCCAGGACCCCGAGUCUCUGCCGUCGGCAACGGCCGCGGCCUCCAAGUUCAAGUACGACUUCUUCGUGGCAUACGCGCUGGCCGUGGCUGCGGACUGGCUGCAGGGACCAUACAUAUACGCGGUGUACAAGUACGAAAAGCGCCUCCCGGAGCGGCACGUCGCCCUCCUGUACGCCACCGGCUUCGCGGCCGGCGCCCUCUCGGCCGGCGUGGCGGGCGCCCUGGCGGACCGGCACGGGCGGCGGGCGGCGUGCCUCGCCUACUGCUUCGCCUACGCGGCCGCCUGCCUGUCGGUGCUGUGGGGCGGCGGCGGCGGAGGCGGCGGCGGCGGCGAUCUCGUCGUCCUGCUGCUGGGUCGCGUGGCGGGCGGCGUCGGCACCACGCUGCUGUGCAGCGCCUUCGAGGCCUGGAUGGUGUCGGAGCACCGCGCGCUCGGGGACGGGGCGCGCGCGCUGCUGCCGCUCGCCGACGUGCUCCGCGCCAUGACGGCGCUCAGCUGCGUCGUAGCCAUAGUUUCCGGCAUCGCGGGCGACGUGUUGGUCUCGGCCAUGGGCGGCGCGCGGACGUGGCCGUUCGUGGCGGGGGUUGGGUCCUGCGCCGCCGCGGCUUGUUUUAUGCUUAGGAACUGGCGAGAAAACUACGGCACAGCGCCCGCCUCCAGCAGCGGCAGCGCACUCGGCAGCGUCACGGGUGGGCUUUCGGUCAUGGUGCGGGACGCCAACAUGUUCACGCUGGGGCUGACGACCUGCUUCUUCGAGGGGUCCAUGUACCUCUUCAUCUUCUUUUGGUCCCCCGCCCUCAAGUCCGCCCGCGACCGCGUCUCCACGGGCGGCGACCGGGCCGCCACGGAGCUGCCGUUCGGCCUGAUCUUCAGCAGCUUCAUGUGCUGCAUGAUGGCCGGGUCGGCCCUGUCCGGCCACGCCACCGCCGGGGGCCGGCGGGAGGCCGCGGCCGCGGUCCUGGCGGCGGCCGUGGUGGGCGUCAGCGCGUGCCUGUCGGCGGCCGUGGUGGCGGCGGGCCGCGAGUGGCUGCUCUUCUGGGUCUUUUGCGUCGUCGAAGCCUGCGUCGGCGCCUACUUCCCCAGCAUGGGCCUGCUCAAGAGCGAGGCCGUCGAGGACGGGGUGAGGGGCCGGGUCUACAGCGUCAUGCGGUUCCCGCUCAACGCCUUUGUGGUGGUGGCCCACGCGCUGGAUGAGGAAGGUGGGUUGAGUAGCAGCAGCGGCGGCGGCGGUGGCGACAAAGAGAUGGUUCUCGAAACCCUCCCCCUCCCUCUCUCCCUCCCCACGCCCUCCCCCCACCUGGCAGAGGCUCGGACGGACCUGGGACGAAACACUGACGAGCGGUCGUCUGUUCCCCAGGUGACAUGCACCGCUUUAGAGUCUUUACCACGUGCGCGGCGCUCUUGAUGGCAUGCUCUUUUGUCAUCAGGCGUAACUUUUUGAGCUGAGAGCGGGCAGGACGGCGGCUUGGUAUCGUAUCCCAUAUUGCUCACCACCAUCGAACCGUGCGGGCGAGCCGGCAAGUUUCGGAGAGGCGAAUACGUGGUACGCUACGUGGGAGGAAUGGGUUGUCAAAGCUGGACCGGGGCCUGCAGUCUG